UCGCGAUUCUGACAGUCGCGUGAGAAUCGUCGCGGCAGCCGGUCGGGCCCGACACCGAGCACACGCGCCAACAAAUCGCGGACGAUAUAUUUUACGAUACAGCUUGCGAUUUUUAAGCGUCCUGAAUCGUGAGUUUACAAGUGCAUUGGACCAUGUUGUUUGCGAACUUUGCCGGCGAUAUGUUCGAGUACGCAUGACUUUGAUGAGACUGUCGUGAAAAACAGCACAAAUGAAGAUGACUGUAAAUCGCAUUAGGGUGGUAGUGUUGGGGAGUCCGCGGUGCGGGAAAUCGGCGGUCGUCGUGCGUUAUCUAACCAAGCGGUACAUAGGUGAAUACAGCUCUACAGGAGAUUUUCUUUAUCAGCACCGAGUCGCGUUCGACGGCGCGGUAUCUGAAGUCGAGAUUAUGGACACUUCUAACUGUGCAAUUCGUGGCUGCCUGGCGGAGCACGUGCGAUGGGGCGACGCGUUCGCCGUGGUGUAUUCAGUGUGUGAGCGGCGGUCCUUCGUGGCGGCCGCCGAGCUGCUAUCGCUCCUGGAGCGCACCCGGCUGCCGGGCUGCGCAGCCGUCACCCUCUUGGGGAACAAGAGAGACCUCGAACACGCUAGGGAGGUCCACGCGGAGGAGGGUCAAGAGCUAUCACUGCGGUUCGGGUGCCAGUUCUACGAGGUGUCGGCGGCGGAGUCUUGCGCGGGCGCUGCGCUCGCCUUCCACGCGCUGCUGCGCGAGGCGCGCGCGCUCGCGCUGCUGCUUCCCUCGCCUCGGCGCAAGCUCGCUGCCUAUUCUGUUUCUAAAGUAAUCGGAACAAUAUUUGGCAAAAAUAGCAAAAGUGUGCGAAAGAAAAGGCCGUCACUCAGCAUUUAAACUAAGAUUAAGGUUUCAUACAAAUAUUUAUUACUUAAGCCAUGGAGACUGCUUCGUUUGUAAAUAAAAUAAGAAAUCUAUUUAAUAAUAUGUCAGCAAAUGGAAAUGAUUUCCUUAGAAAUAUUUUUGAAGUUUUUGUAAAUCUUAUUAACCUGGCCGUCGUUGUCGCAAUCCGCAAAUAUAGGUCAUCCAUUAUAAAUUUGACCUAAUAAUUAACAUUUCAUGUUUUCAUUCAAAUGAAAAUGGGAUAACUACUUACCUAUUUAUGAAAUAGCGAACAAUGCCAGAUUAAUGAGAUUAAGUACACAAAAACUAUAAAAAUGUUCCCUAGUUUUUAAAAACAACACUUGUACCUAUUUUAAAAAUCGCGUUCUUUCGACCUUUGAACAACGUUGGCCAAGCAGGUUUGUAGCUGCGCCAACGAUCUGCACUGAUCAAAGAUCUUAUCUUAUUAAGAAAGGGUCUAUAUUUGUUUAAUUCGCAUAUCUGAUAUGUUGGUAGGCUCCCCCCUUCAUUAAACGUGUAAGACAAGUACGUCAACGUUAAACUCAAUCAUUAUGCUCUUUCAAUAAUUAUUCUCUGGAACUACUAUAAUUUUUACAUUCAUGAUUUACGCUGCCGUCUUCACAAAUAGCCAUGUUUAUAAUGCAUCACUGAGUUUUUGGACAUCUAGUAUACUUAAUAAAAAUCCGGUUCGAAGAUUUAAAGAGUACUUUUACGUAUAUUAUUACUGAACUCUCCCCGAAUACUUGAUGCUGCUGGGAUAUAAUUUUGGCAGAUGGGCGACCUCAUUGUGUCAAUCUGUCUGGUAGGAUCUACAUUUGUUAAAAGAAAAGUAUCUAUUAUUUUCUUGUUGAAGUUGCAAGAAUGCUGGGCAGGUCAGUAAAUAGUUCCAUUAUGGUGACUUGAGAUGUGCCUUAAUGAUGAUUGAUUUAAAAACUCGUCAAUCUAUGCUAGAAAAUCGUGUUUUUCUAGUACUUAACACAUCUUUACUUUGCUAACAAGCUCAGUAUUCUCCUUAGUUUUGUAAUUUUAUUGUAGAUAGCAGAUGCAAGUAAUCUUUUCAUAGUAAUCGUUUCUUAUUUUUGUGGUGUGCCAAAUUAAAAGGCAUCUCGGUCGUAUAACCUCUUUAUAUUUAAUACAAAUUACAAUUGUAAGUUGUAUUGAGUGUAUUGAGCCUGGCUUUCUAGGGGUGCGGGUCGUGUGGAUCGAGCGUGACUCGCAGGGCCCGAUUACGGUACCCUACAAUAGGUGUAAUUGAGGCACUAGAAGAACAUAUAAACUUAUAUCUGAGGUCACGAACGCUCGAUACAUUAAGCGUUGCUAUUUGUGAAAAUGUUAUUUAGCAAGAAAAUAAUUCAAGCUGUAUGAAUAUUUCUGUUAAC